CUCAAACCUCUUCAAGUAAGUAUGAAGAUAUCAUUUUCCUUUGGUCAUCUCUAAUGUGUUUAUUAAAGUCAAGACAAACCAAAAUAUGCCAGAAAUGACAGUUAUGCCCACAUAUCAAACUACAAGUCAAUCUAAUCAAAAAUCACAUGGAUAUUCUGCGAUAAAUCAAGACAUGUGGUGUUUUUCAAACUUCAAUCCUCAUCUAUCAUCAUCCUAUCCUACUACAGACUUUGCUGACAAAGACUUGUAAAUAAUGUAAAAGUUAUAGAUUUGUUUGAUUUUGUAUAUUUUUUUAAAAGUGUAAAUUGUGUUUCCUUUUUUAUAAAAUAUGAACGACGACGAAGACGAUGAUCUUUCAAUCUCGUUUGCAUCUAGUUUAAACAUUAACGAAUUUCUUAUUGACAAUAAAAAAGAUUUAACCGCUCAACUAGAACAACAAUGUGGUUUGAACCAAAAAUCAUCUCAGUUACCAUUGACAAACAUGGAAUCUAUAAACACAUCACAGGGUAAAGAAUCAUUACCAAAACAACGAAUACAACAUUCAGGGGAGUAUUCCAAAAAGCGAUCUAUGUCCAUGGAAAGUAUAGCAGAUAUAUGGUCAAAGGGAGUUAGUGACGUAAAACAUGAUAAUAAAGUUGAGGGAAGAAAGAGCGGUGGAAAGGGAACUGUGAGUGCAUUGCUUGACGCACGAUUUAAAAAGCUACCAGAUUCGCUUGGAAAUAGAUAUACAGUCGUAAAAGGAGUGGCAAAGUCAGUAACGCAGCGCAUGAAUGAGGAUAGAUUAUGCACUGUUGAACCAAGUCGUAUUUAUUUAGAAUGUCAAAUGAAGCAGAACGUGAUCUAUUCAAAGAUUGCCCACAUCACAUUAAAAAAUAUGAGCUCGGAUAGCAUACGAAAGUUUUCCUUGUUCUCAGCAAACGGUAUGUUGGAGUUUGAUAUGAUUGAGGGCGUACUUUUGGAGCAUGAAGAACUAGACGUUAAGAUCAGAAUAAAACCUGAUUGUAUAAAGCAACAAGACCAACAAACAAUCGUAUCAGAUAAACUACUAGUCUUGGUGGAUCAAAUCUAUCCUACGACAAUUGAUGUAUCUAUGCAUUUCAUGAAGAGUGAUCAAGACUAUGUACCUAAUACAUCCUCUACUUCUUUUGAAAGACCUAAAUGCCCUUACUGUGCACUAGAAAAGGGAUUUCCUCUACACUGUUUAUAAAAUAGAUACAUCUGCUCAAAAAUGACGUUUAUUCCCAAAUACACAAAUACAUAUAUAUAUAAUACAGUUCUCUUUUUCUUUUCCAUUCUACCAUGAUGCCUUCUUCACACCAGGAAGCUCACCGUUCAAAGCCUUUACUCUGAAUUGAUAUCGACAUAGUUUAAAUUCACGAAGGAUACCACUGCCAUGUCCAGUAGCGACACAUCGGUUAUGAAUAUAAGUGGGUGAAGUAUUCUUUGGCAUAGCAUUCAAUUGAAGUUGAGCUUGAUGACGAAUUCUAGCAGGUAAUGUUUCAUUUCUAGUAAUAAACUUGAAUGCUUGUCGAACGACUUCAUUAUCUGCCACUGCCUGACGAGCUUUUAUAUCACGAAGUACUCGACUCCUCAUUGUUGUUGAAAAACAGUUUCUUUUAAAAAAA